AAAUGAACGAUGGCGAGUAAUAACAAGAAAAAGGUCCUCAAACUGAAUAACCUCAGUUAGGAAAUACAAACCAAAUGUAAUAAGAGAAUCAGAAUCAAAUUUACACGUUCAAAGCACCUUGGCUAAUCUAUGCCAUGGGAUUUCAAUCAAAACCAACUCCACAAUCUCGUAUUGCAAUUGGUAGCAUGAUUGAAGAUAUUCAGAACGAAGUUAGCUAUUAUUAUUGAAAAUAGGUUUACAUCUUACAAUUAGACAAAGAAUAAGAAUCCUUUUUCAAGAAGGCUAAAUUCAGCCAUAGGUAUGCUCCCACAAAAGUAUUAUGGAUUCCUGAUGUUGAAGGGAAGUAUCCAGAUCUCUUAGCAACUAGCGGAGAAAAUCUGAAGGUUUGGGAGUAUGAUGACUAAAAUGCACAAGUGAAGAUCAAAUGGGACUUAAAGAAUGUAUCAUAAUUAAUUAUCAAACCAUAAUUUUAGACUAGUGAUUUCAAUGCCCCUUUGACUUCCUUCGAUUGGAGUUGUAAACAACAGAAUUACAUUGGAACUGCCUCAAUAGAUACUACUUGUACUUUAUGGGAAAUUGAAAAAUAGACUGUCUUCACCUAAUUGAUAGCACAUGAUAAAGAAGUCUAUGACAUUUGUUUCAGUGUGGAUCAUCAGAUCUUUGCUUCUGUUGGAGCAGAUGGCAGUUGUAGACAAUUCGAUUUGAGGUUCUGAUUUCUUAAUAUUUCACUAGAGCUUUAGAUCAUUCUACAGUUUUGUUUGAGACUGAAAAUAACAAUCCCAUCGUCAGAUUGGCAUGGAAUAAAAUGGACACCAACUACCUAGCCAUAAUUGAGAUGGAUGUGAAUUAUGUGACCCUAUUGGAUACGAGGUAUUUUCAUUAAUUGUAUUCAGACAACCACUUCUACCCUUGGCAAAAUUAAAAAAUCAUAAAGACUAUGUAAAUGCCAUAGCCUGGGCACCUGAAUCAACAACUCAUCUUUGUAGUGUUUCUGAUGAUUCUUCUGCUUUGAUUUGGGACUUCUCAGAAUUAUAAAAUAAAUAGAAUGACCUUAAUUCUAUUGGUAAUUUUAUAUUGAUAAUCUUGUAGAUCCCUUAUUAGAAUACAAAGCAGAAAACGAAAUAAGUAAUUUAUCGUGGUCCUUAACUAAGGUGGAUUAAGUGAGCAUUUGUUAUAAUAAAUCGUGUUAAAUUUUAAAUGUUUGA